AAAACAAACUUUAGUCGGUGAAAUUUUUUCAUCGAUAUCUAUGGAAAUCUUCACUUUGUAUGUGUAUUACAUAUAUCUUAAUUGUCUACAAAAUGUUAAAUUAUUCGCAAACUUAGGUUUUUCAGCCCCCAGGUAUAGAUUAUCUUAGCUUUAUUUGGCACAAAUGUCUUGACUUUUCGGUUUUUAAUGCUCUUUGUUUACUUCGUAUUUGACUUGGACCUCCAACUGUUUUGAUUCGAGCAGCACUGACGAGUCUUAUGUAGACAAUACGCGCGGAUAGCGUACAAAAUUAUAAACAUGGUAUCUUUGACGAGAUUCUUAAAUUACAAAUCAGCCGAACAUCAGUUUAACAUCUCUAUUUUCAGCACCAGUAUCCCCGCCAGAUGAUCCUCUGUCAAUUGCAGAAAUAUUUGCAAUAGUUUUCUCUCUUAUGUUGGUCAUAUUUCUGGCUCUACUAAUUGGUAUAUGCCUUUAUAGAAGAUAUAUUAAAAAGCACACAAAGAAAAUCAUUAUAAUUCCAAAAACCCUUCCUAGAGGAGCCCAUACUGUAUUUACUUUGUCAGACACCAAUACCAUGGUAAACAAGGAAAUAAUAACAGAGCCUAAACUUGUUGUGAAACCAAUCAGAAAUGGGCAACCACAGAGCAUGGAACUUCAACAAUGGAAACACAACGCCGAGUUUCAAGAACCAGAAGGACAGCUUAGAUUAGUAACUAAACCUCAACCCCCUAUAGCGACAAUAGACACAAUGAAAAGUCGAGUCGCAACACAGAUGCGCGAAGAUACUGAACGGAAACGCAACAUGGCGCUCGUUAUCGACAGAGUGAAAACUAACUUAGAUAGAGAAUUGCGUGUAAUAGCAGUAUUAAAAGCUAAGGAUGCUGCGAAUAAAGAGGCAUAUAGUAGAGAAGCAGCAGCCAGUAAAAUGAGCCAGGCAGUAUCAAUUUUUCCACCUAAAAGUAGAAUGGGUCAAUAUGUUCAUGACCCUCAAGCAAAAAGUCGAACAAUGAGCAUGCGCAAAAAUAAAAUCACAAAUGGGACAAUUAAAACAGCAGUGCAUGACAAUAGUUUUAACAAUUCUUUUAAUUAUGAUCCUAGAACUUCAACACCAUUAUCGAUUCAGAGACCUUCUAGUAUUGAUAUGGUUAUGUCUGAAGCAAAUUUAUCAGUUUUUUCAGUUGAUUUGAAACACAGAGCUUCCAAGACCCCAAGACCUCAACCAGAUAUAACGGUGACUAAAAAAGUUAGGGAUACAAAGAAAUUCCCAACAAUUAAAGAACUAAGUAAUAUGCCAGGAGAAUUUCAAAACUUUGAACGGUGAACUGUAUUUAACACAUUAAUAAGCAACAAUAGUCAUAUAACAAUUUACCUUGUGUUUUUAUGCAUUAGUUUAUAUUUUUCCGGUAAGAAAUUGUAUCUUUAUUUAUUAUUGGCUAUCAUCAUAAGCUUGUUUAAACUGAAUUUAAACUGUAUAUGUUU